CAAAAUUGUUGAUUUUCUGAUGUUUUUUUAUUCAGAUUUUUUGUUAUUGCUGAAUUAAGUGAAAUUGAGGCAGUAAAAAAUGCCUAGUUGGGUGAAUAAUGGCUCGAAUGGACAAGAUCCAUCAAAACAAAGAAAGAGAUGGGAGAUAGAGGACAAGAAACUGCUGAAAAACUUAAGAUAUCAAUUGGCUGAAGAUGGCAAUUCAGAUUGUCAGUUUGAGCUGGCCAAACAGUUAUUGGAAGAUACAGAUGAUUUAGAUCCAAAUAGACAAGUUCAGGGAAUUAGCUACCUCAAAAAGGCAGCAGAGCAAGGACAUGAAUUGGCAUUGGAACUACUUGGAGCUUGCUAUCGAACAAGACGUGGAAUUAAUGCAUCAAAUGAAAGUGAUAUAAGGAAGUUCUUGGAUUUAACACCUUCAGAGAGAACAGCAAGACGUGCUGCACAAGAAUUAUUCAAUAGUUUAUGUAACGGAAAUGAGUAUGUUACUGUUGAGCAGCUGGAACGAAGAAUGAGGGAAAUUUAUAAGAUCCAGAAGAAGAAUAAAAAGUCUGAUGAGCAUGAAAAUGGAGAGUUAUCAACAAAAGAAGAAGUUGAGCAAGCUAGUGGAAGUAACAAUUCGUCACCAUUGCGAGUUCAAGCAUCUAGAAGAUCACAGCAUUUCGAUGACAAUGAUCAUCAUAUAUCGGAAGCUAAUUUAUUGUCAGCAGCUCAUAGCUACUCAAAUGGUCAUAUUCCGCUAGUCAAUCAAGCUCUCACAUUAUCAGCUCCACAUCCACAAUCAUUAUCUCAUGUGCCAUACUUUCAUCGUCCAUUUUUUCAUCCAGCAAUGUUCUUUUCACUUUUUUAUCAUCGUCUUGUCAAGAUAUUCUCAACAUUUCCAACAGAGACUAUCAAAAAAUAUCAAGUACUUAUCGCCUUAGUCAUCUAUGCAUUAAUAUCUAACAAUAUAUUCAUUUCAUUACCAACUUUUGGAUACUAUUUAUCACUAAUCAUCAUGGUUGUUGCUAGCUUCAAAAUGGUUAAAAGUAAGCAUGAGUUUACUGACUUCAGAAUCUGGUCUGGACUGUUUCUAUCCUACAAUGAGAAUGUCUACGCUGAUGACUCGGAGAAUUUAUAUCUGAGGAACAACUUGAAGCCAUACUUUUGGUUCUUCAUAGCAUUUAUAUCAAAUUUGAUGAUUUAUCCUCACAUUGCUGAUCAAUGGCUGCCAAAUUCAGAAAUUACAGUCCUAUCAUUCAUGCUGAUAUUCACGACAAUGUUCUGCUUUAUGUACACAUCAUCAAGAAGCUUUGAUUUCACAAUUCUAUUCUCUUUUGCACUUAAUGUCUUGGCUAAAUAUCCAUAUGAAAUGGACUCGAUUGUGAGCAGCAAAUGGAGAUUUUUGGAUCUUAAAAUUCCCGGUAUAUCAAGCUUCAUGAUUGGAUCAGGCAUAGAAUUCUCAAUGAAUUGUCGCGGCAUGCUCUAUUUGGCAAUUUUCUUAUUUAUUCUGAUGCUUGCAAAACGUAAGAAUUGGAGUGGAAUCUAUCAAUAUUUAGUUCCGCAUUGUGUAACGCUUGCGUGGCUUCAAAUUUGCAUCAUCAAUUCUCAAUCAGCAACAACUUUUGGACUAUUACGCUCUGCUUUAGGUCUUGCAGGAAUUCUCUUCUUUUUACCAAUUUUUGGACUUGCUGUGCUCUUGAUUCCAGUCUUUGCAGCUACUGAAUGGCUUUCUGUGUCAGAUUCAACAAACAAAAUUUUCAUUACACUCUCAACAAGUCUCGUUGCCAUCUUAGGAUCAUGCUUUAUGGCCAUUUCUAAUCGUACUGGAAAAUACAUAACAUUUAUUCACAUUUCAAUUUGUAUUCUUGGAAGUUUCUUUCUGUUCCGUCCGUACAUGAUGAGAAAUGACAACAAUUUGUAUUCGUCAUACCUUCAAGAAGCAGCAGCAACAACAACAAAGUCGUCAAGCAUUAUUGACUCAAUUGAGAGCGAAUCAUUAAGUUGGGAAAUUUAUCAUAAAUACUGCCAUUCUACGUCAUACUCUAAUAAAAUUGAUAUGCAGCUACGAUGCAGUCAACUUGAUGGAACAAACAUUUUUUGGGAGGGAACUGUUACAGACACAGAAAUUAGCAAUGUUCGUAAUUGGAGAAGAGAUUUAAUCAUUAAUUAUCUCCCUGACCUUAUUGGAAACCUUGUCAUGUGCUAUUUUGGAGAUGUAAAUCAGGCAAAUUGCUUUGAUGGCGAGAACUGUGAGAUUAAAGACUAUAUUGACACACAAAGGCGAUGCAAUGUUGAUAAAUGGAAUAUCUAUGAAUAUGAAAUUGAAGUGAAAAUGUCGUCAUCGUCAAAUACUGGAAUUCUCAAUCUUCAUCCACGUCCGGAAUCAAAAAUCAUACUUCGAGCUUCACAUCCAUUUGGCAAUUUUUCAUCCCGUAUUAAUUCAUCUGACAAAAUUUGGUUCAAAGGAACUCUCAAGACUUUAUUUACAUCUAAAUCUGACGAUCUCUUAAACUGUAAAUUUCAUCAAUUUACUCGAAUAGAACUAAAUUCACUUGGAUGUCAUCACUGCACUGAGAAAUCCUUAUCGACUGUAUCUAUUGCAACUUAUUUCAACUUAGAUAAUUAUCUUAAAGAUUUCCAACGCGGAGUUAAAUAUUUAUUAAAUGUACUAUUUAAUCCUUUAGUAAGAUUCAAAUAGGUUAGUUCUAUUAAUAAUAUUAAUAAAAAUUAUAUCUGAUGAUCAAUGUUCAAGAAA